AUGGUCCUUGAGGGAGGAAGCAGCACCAUGGCACAUGCCAGUGUCGGCAAGGAGGAUCAUCAGCCCUGUCGGGAUGCCCUACAUUCCUUUACGCCGCUGCAGUAUGUGUGGAAAUCUCGAGCGCCCUUGAUCGCCGUGCCUGUGCUGGCAGGCCUGAGGCAGUUACCGCAUCGGCAGGUGGCCGAAGACACUCCGUCCAGUAUUCUCUUAGAGAUCGCUUUGCUUUCUGCCCUGGCCGUUGGGUCAGGCUUCGUGCGACUGCCCUUCUCGGCCACUUGGUGGCUGGUGCUUCUGGCGGCUUUCAUCACCCAGACCAGGUUCAUCUUAGGCGUGGCGACAGUCCUGUC